AUGUCCGCGCGCUUGCAGGCCGCAUCAUCGCUCACUGCCCUGGGUGCUGCUACUGCUGCCGUCGACUCGUCGCAAUCGCAGCAAUUGUCGCACCACCGAAUCCGGUUACGAUUACGCGACUCCAGCUGGUGCCUCGGCGACAGCCAGUGGAGCCGAUCCGUGCGAGGCUGUCGCACGACAAUUGUCGCGCCGGGUCGCAGAGGCUGGUCGCCGUUGCGGAUCGUCGCAGGCGACGUCGGAGGGCAGAAUGAGGAGAGUUUCGGCGACGUGGAGAGCAGAAUGGUAGACUUCUUCACGUUCAAGGCCGUGCGACACAUCCUGCGAAAGGGAGCGACGGCGGGCGACGAGGAGGGUCGCGAGGAGGUGGAGUGGCUGCGACGCCACGUGGAGGCCAACACGCGGCGAGACUCCAAGCUCUUCCUAAAAAACCUCGUGCAGGAGCAGCGCAACGUGGCGGAGAGAGUCAUGGAGACGCGCCUGCAGCUCUUCAAUAAAUGGGCUCUGCUUCUCACCCACUCCGCCUCUUUCUUCUUUCUCUCUCACCAAACCCCAUCCGCUGUUGUUGCUUCCAUCCCCCUUCUCUUUCUCUCCUUCUUUUCCUCUCCCUCUCUCUCUCCCGUUCCCCCUUUCCCACGUCUCCCUUCCCUCCCUUCUCCCACCUCACCACAAGCUUCAACGGCUCCUCCUCUUCCAUUCCCCAUGCUUCGUCUCUCCCCAACGCCCUACACCCACCUCCUCCCCUUCCCCGUUUAUAACCCGCCCCUCCUCUCCGUCCCCUAUCUUCCCCCACUCCCCCGCCUCGCCCGCUCUCCUCUCCUGCACUUUCCACAGAGGUACGAUCAGGAGGCGAUGGAGGAGGAGUUGAGGCAGCAGAACCUGGAGCUGCUGCGGGAGCGGCUGCUGCAGACCGUGCGCUUUUCCACCGAUCCCACGCUUGAUGACGACAGCGCUGACGCCCCGCCGCCCAGCAAGCAGGCAUGA